AUGACGGAGGACGCCGCUGGCGCAGGCGCGGCGCUAGACGGUGCCGAGGCGCCUGAUACGCUUGGGCACACCUCUGUGUUUCCGCCACCGCCCUCUGUGUAUCGCCAUUUUACUGAAAGGAACCUCGCGUGGCUCGCGCUCCUCCAGGAAGCCAAGGCGACGCGAGCCCCGUCGGACGACGCAGAUGCAACUGCACGCCUUCGCACGCAGACCGAGAUCCUUGCGAAAGCCGUCGGUGAGGGCUCCGAGCUUGUGCCACCGGAUCUGGAUCUCGAGAUGGAGCUGACGCCGCCAAAUGUGGCGUGGAUCGAAGAGGACGGCGGAUUCCAGCUCUUUGGCCAAAGAUGGCCUAUUCCUGACAUCUCGCCGUCGCUCAGCCAGUUGGGCCUACCGGACCUGUGUGGCGUGGAUACUGCAGGCUCUCGUGAUUACCGCCAUGCACUGCAUACACUCCUACAUACACUCCUCCAGACGUACUGGGAGCUGAUAGGCGACUUGCUACGGCCCGUGCAGCCGUACGAUGUGUGGGUUCCUGCGCCUGACAGCGCUGAGGCGCCAACGCAGGGCACAUGGCAGCCAUCAUCCCAUAUUCAGGACCGUCUCAAGCACAUGGAGACCACGGUGAUCAACUUUCAGUACUUGGUCAACCAAAUGCGUCCCGCUCAUACGCGCGAGGCGCUACGGCAGCUGCUCGCGGCGCAGGUCGAGCGCCGUCGUACGGCAGCGGCACAGCUGCGCGCGCAGUGUGGCGCGAUUCGAAGCGAAUUGGAGCACUUGACUAUGUAG